AUGAAAGUCCGACUUCCUCGCCUAGGUCGGAGACCUUGCUUUUCUCUCAGAGCUUUCCACCAUCCCGAAGUACUCUCGGAAUGCCGGCCCUUCUCUCCCCGCCAAUAUUCCACGAACAAACCCACACCUUCGAAUAACAACGCAAGAUGGCUUUCGGAGAUCAAGGCAAGGAUAGGGAAGUGCAUAAUGUUUGGGAUGGAUAAGGAGCAGACGGGGCAAGCUGCUGCCGUGUGCAAGAUUCUGGGUGAGGAUUGGAGGAACUUGGUUGCGGGGCGGGAAGGGUUCUUGGUGGACAGGAAGAGGGCCGGAUUGCUUAGGCAGGAGGUUGUUUGGGGAGAGAUGGACUCAAUGGGUCAUGUCAACAACGUUACCUAUGUUCGAUAUGCUGAAAGUGCAAGGAUUGGCUGGGCAUACAAUUACGCUUUACAUAUUGACCCAGAGAAUAAAGAUCGUUGGACCGAGCUUUGGACACCUCGGGGUGAUGGUUUAAUUUUGAGGUCUAUCAGGACGGCUUACAAAUUUCCAAUGACAUGGCCAGACUCCAUCUCCGUCUUUCACAAGCUCGCUCAACGUCCUUCACCUUCCGAUUCCCAUUUUAUACUCGAUGUUAUGAUUGUUUCGGAAUUACAUCAACGUCCAGCAGCAAGAUGUGUUGAGGAUAUCGUUGUAUAUGAUUAUAAAGCCGGGAAGAAAGUAGAGAUACGGCCAUUCAUGAUGAAAGCGUUCGAGCAUGCUUGGGAAGAACAGGAAGAUACAAAGCGGAAAGUGGAGCAGAGAAUACGUGAUAUUGAGGAAAAGGUUGCGGAUUUGGAGGCAGGGACUUGGAAUAAAGUCGGGGCUGUUGAGGAUAUGGGAAGUGGGACAUAG